GCCGCAUUCUCAAACAAUCAACUUCCAAAAUGGAUCAGUUUGUUAAAGAAAUUAACAAAAUGCCGCUUAUUGAAGGGAUUUCUUCCAUCUUUGAAAGAAUCAAAGCUCUUCAAACUGAGUUGCUUUCAAUGAGAGAUGUUCCAGUUGCCAAAUCUAUUGUCGAAGAAGCCAUCUCCACCUUACGUCUUCUUGCUUGUGAAAAACAUAAGCUCUCAGAUGCCUUGGUGGCUCACCUAGGGGGUGGGAUUUCACUCCCUCCUGGCUUCAUCCGCGAAGAUCCAGCGUGCCAACCAGCAAUGGUUCCGAUGCAGGGGAUUUUGAUGGAUAUGGCGAGUCAUCCGUUGUGUGAUCCGAUGUGUCAUCCGACGUGUAUUCAUACAAUGUAUACGGCAGAGACUUUGAUGAAUAUGGCGAAUGGUCCGGUGCAUCAUCCUGUGGAUACUGAUGCAAUGGAUCCAGCUGAGAUGUUGCUGAAUCUGUCACGUAUGGAGUUUACUCAUGCAACGGAUGCAGCAGAGUCUUUGAUGAAAUUGGCGAAUGAAUCUGACGCAUCCUCGAGUGAGAAUUAGAGUAUUUGUUCAACAAAAUUGUUAACAAAAAAUUGUUGGAAUCAUUUAUCCAAAAAAAUAAAAUAAACUUAUUAUUGCU